UGAUUUAUGCUACAAAAGAAACAGUAGGAUAAAGAGGAUGGUUCUUAAAAUAAUAAAGAUGUAUCUAAGCAACGAAUCAUAGGAGAUUACAUAUUAGGUUUGGAGUUAUAAGUAUUUGAGUUAAAACUUUGGGAGUUGGGACAUUUGGAUUAGUGAAAUUAGGUUUGCAUUAAAUAACUGGGGAGAAAGUAGCUAUAAAGAUUUUAGAGAAAGAGAGAAUAAUAGAGGUUGCAGAUGUUGAAAGAGUUUCAAGAGAAAUACAUAUAUUAAAAUUGAUUAGACAUAGACAUGUUAUAUAAUUAUAUGAAGUAAUACAAAUAUUUAAAGAAGAUUAUAGAAACAAAAAAGCACAUCUUUUUAGUGAUGGAAUUUUGUGAUAAUGGUGAACUUUUUGACUAUAUUGUAAAGAGUGAAAAGUAAAUAGUCUAUAAUAAUUUAUUAGAUUGGAUGAGCUUGAAGCUUGUAGAAUAUUCUAAGAACUCAUAUCAGGAAUAGAAUAUAUUCAUAAAUUAAAUAUUGUACAUAGAGAUUUGAAACCAGAAAAUUUAUUAUUAGAUCAUUAGAAUCAAAUAAAAAUUGUAGAUUUUGGACUUUCAAAUACAUAUAAAUAAGGGGAGUUACUUAAAACUGCUUGUGGAAGUCCUUGCUAUGCUGCACCAGAAAUGAUAGCUGGUCAUAGAUACUAAAGUAUUUUAGUUGAUAUAUGGUCUUGUGGAGUCAUAUUAUUUGCAACUAUUUGUGGUUAAUUACCUUUUGAAGAUAAACACACUAGUGAUUUAUAUAAAAAAAUACUUGGAGGUUUAUAUACAAUACCUUCUCAUGUAUCAUAGAAUGGUUAACAAUUUUUGAAAGGAUUACUAAACACAGAUCCUUAGAAACGUUUUAAUUUAGAAUAAAUUAAAUAACAUCCUUGGUUUAAUUUAUAUAAGAGAGUUCAAUCUAUUCCAUAAGGAAUUAUAAUUGGAUACAGUAGAAUUCCAAUAGAUGAUGCUAUUGUUGAUUAAUUAACAAUUAAAGGAUUUAAUUCAGAUUAUAUAAAGAAAUGUCUUGAUGCUAAUAAACAUAACAAUUUAACUACAGCUUAUUUUCUUAUUUUAAAAAAACAUCUCAUAAAUGGUGGCAAUUCUAAUGCUGAUAUUAAUUCAAGUAAUUUUAAUGAAAAAUUAUUACAACCUGCGACCCGUCCUAUAAAACGUAUAUUUUAAGUUUAAAUUAGCACCAAUAAAUACUCUUUUAGAUAGUUAAAUUAUGAAAACUCUUGCUCAUAAUGUAUCUGGCUCUUGUUAAGCAAAUAAAAAAACUCACUCUUAAACAAGAGGUAAUUCUGUUCCAUAAGCAGAUGAAACUAGAUCUAUAUAUAAUGGAUCUAAAAAUUAUUAAACUUCAUCAUUAUCAAUAGACGUAGAGCUUAUUAUAUAUUACUUUAGGAUUAAUCAUUUUAAUUUGAAAGAAAUAAAUCUUAAUCUUUAUAGCAGACUAAUCAUAAAAAAAUGAAAACUGAUAUAUAGAUAAAUGAUACUUUAAAUAAAACUGCCUACUUAACUACUUGUAAAAGACCAUCAAAUGUAGCUACUGUUUCACCUGCACAUCAAAAUAAAUUAAUAUAGUAUCUAAGUAAUUUACAUCUUGAAUUUUAGAAUUAAAUACUAAAACUGGUACUCCAACAGCUAAUAAGGGGAACUCAUAACCUAAAAUACCAUAUAAUUGUAAAACAACUAAAAAUCAAAAGGCGUCUUUUUCAAAUUUUGAUGAUAGCUCAGUAAAUGAUAAGAAAAAAGAAAAUAAACCUAUAAAUUUAUUAGAUACUACAAAUAUUGAAACCAAAAAAAAAUCAUUACAUAUUGAAGGGGUAAAAUACUAAUUUAAUUCUUACAGGAUUUAUCAAUGCCAGCUAGUACAAAACCUCAAUCAACACCUUAUUAACUUUGGUUAAAAAUAAAUAGUAGAAAAGGAUCAAGAGAUCAUAGUGGAGGAUGUUAAAAGACUAGAAAAGCUAAUAUUACUACAAGGGCUAAUAAUCUUAAUUAAAGUUUCAAUUUUGAGAAAAGAGUGUGA